AUGAGACUAAGACAAGAACCAGGGAUGAGAAACCAGUCUGCACUAACCACAUUCAUCCUCCUGGGACUGACAGAAGACCCACAACUGCAGAAUCUGAUUUUUAUAUUUCUACUUAUCACCUACAUGUUAAGUGUAAUUGGAAAUAUGACCAUCAUCUUCCUCACAUUAGUGGAUUCACACCUUAAAACUGCCAUGUACUUUUUUCUCCAAAAUUUCUCUUUCUUAGAAAUCUCAUUCACCUCUGCCUGCAUUCCGAGAUUCCUAUACAGCUUAUCAACAGGUGACAGGACUAUUACCUAUGAUGCUUGUGUAAGCCAACUGUUUUUCACAGACUUGUUUGGAGUAACAGAAUUUUUCCUCCUGGCAACAAUGUCCUAUGAUCGAUAUGUGGCCAUCUGCAAACCCCUGCACUACAUGACUAUCAUGAACCACAUGGCCUGCAAAAGGUUUAUCCUAGGCUGCUGGACCAUUACGUUAUUGAUCAUCUUCCCACCACUCACCCUGGGACUCAAUCUGGAAUUCUGUGAUUCUAAUGUCAUUGACCACUUUGUCUGUGAUGCUAACCCAAUUCUGAAGAUCUCAUGCACAGAUACAUGGUUCAUAGAGCAGUUGGUUAUUGUUUGCUCUGUAGUGAUCUUUAUCAUGACUCUAGUGUGUGUGGUCUUGUCCUACAUAUAUAUCAUGAGAACAAUUUUAAGAUUCCCCUCUGCUCAACAAAGGAAAAAGGCUUUUUCUACUUGUUCUUCCCACAUCAUUGUGGUUUCCAUCACCUAUGGCAGCUGCAUCUUUGUCUAUAUCAAACCUUCAGCAAAGGAUGAAAUGGCUGUCAAUAAGGGGGUGACAAUACUAACAACAUCCAUUUCUCCCAUGUUAAACCCAUUUAUUUAUACUCUGAGGAACAAGCAGGUCAAACAAGCCUUUAAUGAGAUAAUCAAAAGAAUUCUAUUACUCUCAAAGCAUUAG